UUGCAGAACUAGCUCUGCCCUGUCUGCUUCAGUGUCUCCGAAACUCCACUCAGUCAGAUUUUUUUUGGGGGGGGACUAAAUGGGCUCCGCUCUGCCUGCGCUGCCGGAUCGCACCAAGUAAAUGAAAUGAUUUCUUCUGCACAUUUAAAGUGGACUAAAUCAUCUACACGAUGAACACCUGCGCCUUUCUCUUAAUUUUGACUGUUCAGAUCUACGCCGAUGGCAUCGAGGGGCCAACAGCUGCUGGCUGCACGUUCGAAGAGGAUUCAGACCCUAAUCUGUGUGACUUCACCCAAGGAGAGGAGGAUGACUUUGACUGGCUGUUGUUUAGGACACAGAGUUCACCUUCUGCCAACUCUGACCUGCUGAAGGGGUCCUAUAUGCUGGUGAACUCCUCCCAGCAUGCCGUGGGUCAUCGUGCUCAGCUGCUGCUGCAGACACUGAGUGAAAAUGACACGCACUGCGUCCAGUUCAGCUACUUCCUGUAUAGCCGUGAUGGCCACAGUCCCGGGGCUCUACGGGCAUAUGUGCGGGUCAACGGCGGCCCGCUCGGCAGUCCAGUGUGGAACACGUCGGGGCCUCAUGGCAAACAGUGGCAUCAGGUUGAGCUGGCUGUCAGCACCUUCUGGCCGAACGAAUACCAGGUGCUGAUUGAGGCAACGGUUUCGAAGGAGCGGCGAGGCUACAUUGCCAUAGAUGACAUCAUGGUGCUCAACUAUCCUUGCUAUAAGGCGCCACACUUCUCCAGGCUAGGAGAUGAGGAGGUCAAUGCUGGGCAAAAUGCCACUUUCCAGUGUGUUGCUGCUGGAAGGGCAUCAGAGGCUGAGAAGUUCCUGUUGGAGAGACACAAUGGGGACAUUUUAACAAUGGCGUCAGUCAAGCACCUGAGCCAUCGGCGCUUUGUGGUGUCCUUCCAGCUCGACAGCGUCCAGCGAACUGAUCAAGACCUUUACCGCUGCGUCACUCAGUCCCCCAGAGGCUCCGGAGUCUCAAACUUUGCUGAACUCGUUGUCAAAGUACCCCCAUCCCCCAUUGCGCCGCCUCAGCUUCUGCGUGCCGGCUCCACUUACCUGAUCAUCCAGCUCAACACCAACUCUAUCCUGGGAGAUGGCCCUAUUAUCAGGAAGGAGAUUGAGUAUCGUGCCAGCCAGUCUCCAUGGUCAGAGGUGCAUGGCGUCAACAUGGUCACCUAUAAGCUGUGGCACCUGGAUCCAGACACAGAGUAUCACAUCAGCGUGCUGCUGACUCGACCGGGAGAGGGCGGAACCGGCCCUCCGGGACCUCCUCUCGUGAGCAGGACCAAGUGUGCAGAGCCCAUGCGCGCAUUACGGGGACUCGCCGCCACAGAUAUCCAGCCCAGGCAGUUGUCCCUGCAGUGGGAGAAUUUGGCGUUCAACCUGACACGCUGCCACACCUACUCAGUGUCCCUGUGCUACCGCUACACCAUGGCGGGAGGAGGCGGCGGCCACAACACCACCGUACGCGAGUGCCUUGCAGUGGAACACAAUGCCUCACGCUUCACGCUGCGUGAUCUGCCACCCUACCAUGCCAUCCAUGUCCGUCUGUCACUGGCAAAUCCAGAGGGGAAGAAAGAGGGCAGAGAGGUCACCUUUCAGACGGAGGAGGACAUCCCCGGAGGCAUCGCACCAGAGUCACUCACCUUCACCCCACUGGAUGACAUGAUCUUCCUGAAGUGGGAGGAGCCUGUUGAGCCCAAUGGACUUAUUACCCAGUAUGAGAUCAGCUACCAGAGUAUCGAGUCAUCUGAUCCGAGCAUCAACGUCCCAGGACCCAGGAGAACAGUGUCAAAGCUCAAGAACGAAACCUACCACAUGUUCUCCAACCUCCACCCUGGAACGACUUACCUAAUCUCCGUCCGGGCACGUACGGCCAAGGGCUUUGGCCAGACGGCCCUCACCGAGAUCACCACUAACAUCUCUGCUCCCACCUUUGAUUACGGAGACAUGCCGUCUCCGCUGAGUGAGACAGAGAGCACAAUUACUGUCCUGCUGCGCCCCGCCCAAGGCAGAGGAGCACCUGUUAGCACAUACCAGGUAGUGGUUGAGGAAGAAACUGGGAAGAAAGUGAAGCGGGAACUGGGGGUGCAGGAAUGCUUUCCGUUGCCCAUGUCACACGGGGAGGCCCAGGCCCGAGGGACGCCUCACUACUACACAGCCGAGCUGCCGCCCAGCAGUCUGCCAGAGGCCAGUCCCUUUACUGUGGGUGACAAUCACACGUAUAAUGGUUACUGGAAUAGCCCUUUGGACCCCCGUAAAAGCUACCUUGUCUACUUCCAGGCUAUGAGCAACUUCAGAGGGGAAUCUAGAAUAAACUGCAUCCGCAUUGCUCGCAAAGCGGCCUGUAAAGAUCAUCGCAAGGCUUUGGAGGUGUCGCAGCACUCCGAGGAGAUGGGGCUAAUCCUCGGUGUGUGCGCCGGAGGCCUGGUAGUGCUCAUCCUCCUGCUGGGCGCCGUCAUUAUCAUCAUCAAGAAAGGAAGGGACUACUACUCUUAUUAUCCGAAACCAGGGAACAUGAAUAAGACGCCAAUUACCUACCGCCAGGAGAAGAGCCAUAUGGGCUCUAUGGAGCGCAGUUUCACAGACCAGAGCACCCUGCAGGAGGAUGAAAGAAUGGCUCUUUCCUUCAUGGAUUCACACACUUGCGGCACACGAAGUGAUGCUCGAAGUUCAGUGAACGAAGCCAGCAGCCUGCUGGGAGGCUCCCCGAGGCACCAGUGUGGACGUAAAGGUUCCCCCUACCACACGGGACAGCUCCACCCUGCCGUCAGAGUGGCCGACCUCCUCCAGCACAUUAACCAGAUGAAGACCGCCGAGGGCUACGGCUUUAAACAGGAAUAUGAGAGCUUCUUUGAUGGCUGGGACUGCACAAAGAAAAAAGACAAAACAAAAGGGCGCCAUGACACCUUGCUGGGAUAUGAUCGACACAGAGUGAAGCUCCACCCGCUGUUGGGAGACCCCAACUCAGACUACAUUAACGCAAACUACAUUGACAUUCGGAUUAACAGGGAAGGCUACCAUCGAUCCAACCACUUCAUCGCCACUCAGGGUCCUAAGCAGGAGACUCUCUAUGAUUUUUGGAGGAUGGUGUGGCAGGAAAAUUGCUUCAGCAUCGUCAUGAUCACUAAGCUGGUGGAGGUUGGCAGGGUGAAAUGCUGCAAAUAUUGGCCAGAGGACACCGAGAUGUAUGGUGACAUCAAAAUCACUCUUCUUAAGACAGAGACACUCGCUGAAUACACAGUUCGCACCUUUGCUGUGGAGAGGAGAGGAUACUCGACCAAGCAUGAGGUACGUCAGUUCCACUUCACAUCCUGGCCUGAACACGGGGUGCCCUAUCACGCCACUGGAUUGUUGGCUUUUAUACGAAGGGUUAAAGCUUCUACACCACCUGAUGCUGGCCCUGUCGUGGUUCACUGCAGUGCGGGGGCAGGUCGCACCGGCUGCUACAUUGUGCUGGAUGUCAUGUUGGACAUGGCCGAGUGUGAGGGCGUGGUGGAUAUCUACAACUGCGUCAAAACCCUCUGCUCUCGACGUAUCAACAUGAUUCAAACGGAGGAGCAGUAUAUCUUCAUCCAUGAUGCUAUUCUAGAGGCGUGUCUGUGCGGAGAGACGGCCAUCCUGGUGAAUGAGUUUGCUGUCACUUACAAAGAGAUGCUGCGAGUGGAUUCUCAGAGUAAUUCCUCUCAGCUUCGAGAGGAGUUUCAGACGCUGAACUCUGUGACUCCCCACGUGGAUGUGGAGGAGUGCAGCAUUGCUCUCUUACCCAGAAACCGAGAGAAGAACCGCAGCAUGGAUGUCCUCCCGCCCGAUCGCGCCCUUGCGUUCCUGGUCACGACAGAAGGGGAGAGUAACAAUUACAUCAACGCUGCUCUCGCUGACAGCUUCCACCGGCAGGCCGCUUUCAUUGUGACCCCUCACCCUCUGCCGGGCACCACGGCCGAUUUUUGGCGACUGGUUUUUGACUACGGCUGCACGGCAGUGGUCAUGCUCAACCAGCUAAAUCAGUCAAACUCUGCCUGGCCAUGUGUCCAGUACUGGCCGGAGCCUGGUUUACAGCAGUACGGGCCAAUGGAAGUGGAGUUCCUGUCUAUGUCAGCGGACGAGGACGUCAUAACUCGUCUAUUUCGAGUCAAGAACGUCACGAGGCUCCAAGAGGGCCAGCUGGUGAUGUGUCAGUUCCAGUUUCUGCGCUGGUCGGCAUAUCGCGACGUUCCAGACUCCAAGAAGGCUUUCCUCAACCUGCUGGCUCAAGUGCACAAGUGGCAAAGGGAGUGUGGAGAAGGACGCACAGUUGUGCACUGCCUCAAUGGUGGUGGCCGUAGUGGGACCUUCUGUGCCUGCAACAUCCUCAUCGAGAUGAUCCAGUAUCAGAACAUGGUAGACGUAUUCUAUGCUGUCAAAACUCUACGCAACUGCAAACCCAACAUGGUCGAGUCUCUGGACCAGUAUCGAUUUUGCUAUGACCUUGUCCUGGAGUACUUGGACUGCUUUGAAGGCAGAUAGCAACUAAACGUUUACGACAGCAGCAAAUUCCCACGCGCUGGAGACAAAGGUCACCCGGUGACGCCCCCUCUACUUUAAUGUUUGGACCUGUGAAGUUGGCUUUGAAAGGACUGCAGAGGAAGGAGAGCAAAGAAAAAAAACAUGGUCAAGGUUCUGACUUUUAACCUUUAAUGUACAGCUGUGAUUUCCUCCUUGUUGGUGAUGUUUAUCUCUUUUGAUAUUUUUUUUGUGCUUUUCUCGGUCCUAUUUGCCUCUUGGACUACAUCUUGUAUGUGCUAAGGGUUUCUGUAGCAGCAAAACAAUAUUUGGAGCUGCAAUGUGGACCUGUCUCUUCAAAGCAAGGGUCACCUUGGCUGUGUUUCAUCAUUUCAUUCGUACAAACUGAAGAGGCUGGAUCUAAUUCUGGAGUUACAGCAGCAUCAUUUAAACGUGGAAGAGCUACAUAAAAUAACGGUCCACUGUGCUCGUGGCAUGACUUAUCUACCAUACCAUAAACUGCCUUAUUCUCUAAUGAUAGGACAGAUUUAUUGAAACCACCAAAUAAAUCGAUAAAGUUUUUCACGUGGGGUAGAAAACAACAACAAGAGAUUUUAAGAGACCUACAUUGUAAAGCAGACCAGCCCAGUAUUCAACAGUAUUGAUGCAGAAACUGUACAGUAGUGCAAUGUGUUGUAUUUUCCCAUAAUGUUUGUGCUGGAUUACCAUGUGUGCUACAGGUGGGCGUUACUGGCACUGAGCCUGGUGCCAUCGAGGGAGAUUCCUGUCUCGUUACUGUCACGGUGCCAAUCCCACUGACUGACUUGAAUCCUUUGCUUUGUUCUACUGCUUCAUCUUGAUAUAUGCCUACAAACAAACGCUAUGUACUGCAUCAGCUAAUGUUCUCGCUCCGAAGUGAUUGUUUGUACUUUAUACUCACCGGAGACAGCAAAAGGAGAGGAUGGCGAAAGCUGUUCGAAACGCAUCGAGAUGCCACAGUGUUGGUGUGAUAAAUGAUACGCCAUUAAUGCUGUGGUGAAGUGUCUGAACCGGUGCGGUCACACAGGUCUCAGUCUGCACCUCUUCUACUCAUUCAUUGUCCGAGGCGUUUGGUUGUGCUGUAAAAAUUAAAAAAAGUCUAAGAAAAGCAAAAGGAAAACAGGGGGUAGGGGGCACUAAGAUGGAGUAGAUGGUGGGAAUGCUAUUUUGGGUCACCGCUCAUUGCCGAAUAUAUUUUUUUGAAUGCAGAAAUGUGAUUUUAAAAAAGUAGUAAAAGUAAGAAGCUGUUGGCCACAUACCCUGCGGCUGACUUACCGCAGAGUUGAUGGAUAAACAAAAUCCACUCUUUUUCAGCUGUUGGCCUGGAGAGCACUGGAACUCUUCAUGCCUGAAUCAAUGUAAGAAGCAGUCAGGUUGGGAUUUGUGAUACACAUAAUGAUCAGAGACAACUUUGAAACAUGCUCUUGCAAAGACCCCAUUACACAGAGGAAGAGAUUUUGUUUGUUUGUUUUUUCUUUUUAAAUCACUUUUGCGUUAUAGCCACAAAAAUAUCUCUAAUAAGCUCCAUUAGGGAUAUUUUAAAAUAUAGGCCUUUUAAAAUAUGUUAUGCGCCAACACAUCUCCCGAGACUCCUUUAAGUAGAGGUUUUCAGGGAGGGUGGUAAAGGUAUCACUCCAGGACAUAUCCUAAUGAACAAGGAGAGACAGCUUGAAGCCUGCAGAAGCUGAGAAAGGCAACCCUGUUGCUAGUUUGCAGCUCACACUCUGGUUCAGGUGGGAUAACCAGAAUAUGUGAGCGAUCUAACAGUAUACAAACAUCACCGGACUCCCGCAGAUUCUCAAAUAGAGCAGCUUGUUUGUGAUGAGGAGGAAGAAUGAGGUAGCUACAUUGUAGUCAGUGAUCUGGCAAAAGAUUGCUGAAGGAAGUGCCUGGACACUUUUUUUGUUAAGGGUGGAAGGAAUAUGUAUAUACAGAUGUAUAUUAUGUUAUGUGAAUAAUAUAUUAUAUGUUUGCCCAGAGUAAAGACGUAUAGUAAGUAACCACAACUUAACCAUAAAGCUGAAUGUUGCUGUAAAUGACCAUUUUGUGAGUUUUUGUCAGAACUUUUAACGACGAGCGUUCAUCCCGGCGCUGCGAGCGAAACUGCUCAUGUGGCAUGUUCGGGCGCUCGUUACGCUUUGCAUUUCAUUUCAGUGAUUUCAGAAUAACCCGAUCCAUAUGAUUUAUUUCAACCUUUAGCCACGACUGUGAGUGCAUUAUACUUUUACCAUUCCAAAGCUUUUUAUUAUGACUAUUUCUGAGUGACAACUGCCAACACAGGACGUUUGAUUUCACGUGUUGUUUUCUGUAUGAACCAACAGUACAUGACUACUGUGUUUUUGAUCAUUGUAUUUGUGGGGACAUGGUGUGUAUUUAAUGAAAGAAAAUAAGAAGAGAGAUGUAUAUCGGGGUAGAAAGAUCUUUCUUUUGAGCGAUACCAACGAUUAACAAUAAAUGAACAAUGGGGGGAAAAAAA